CAUGUAUGCGAUGUAGUGUAGUUAGUUGUUAUGGUACGUUUAUCCGUUAACAUGUCACAAUAACAUGGGUAUUUGAGUGAAUAACAUUAAAUUCCUUUAUGCAGUUGUGGCCACUAUAUAGUCCACUUAUUGAGUGCUGUACUGGGCAUGAUUAAUUCUAGCUAAUAACCUUCCUAAGUAGCGCUCAAGUCAACGCCAGUCAGUGUGUAUUCAUGGCAGGACUUUAUCGAGCUCUUCUAACAUCUGCCUCCAGUGUCACAAAGAAUCUGACACAAGCCACAUCAUGUCGUACUAAAUUCACUAAGAGUCGCGUUCCUCCACAGGUAUUUGAGGAACGAGCGAAAGAACAUGACAAGCAUGGUGGUGAUCCAGAAUAUCCACAUAAACUGCAUAUAGUAACACGAGUUAAAAGCACGAUGAGACGACCCUAUUGGGAAAAGAAAGUUGUAAAGAGUUUGGGGCUUAUGAAGGCACAUGAACCCCGUGUCCACAAGAACACCCCAUCAGUGAACAAUCUACUCAAAAUCAUUAAGCACCUAGUUAGGAUUGAGCCUCUCAAGGUCCCCUAUGGAUUACCUGCUGAGGAGGACAUGGCCAACACUUAUCUGAAUAGCAGAGGGGAGCUGGUGGUGAAACAUCUCCUGAAACCACUUGAGCAGAAAGCUAUUGAGUCGUAAAAGUUUUGUGGCCUACCGUUUAUGUGGUGUUUUUGUUGUUUGAUAAAGAUUUGAAUACCAAUCUUCUUUAUUGUAGCUCAAACAGUAGAGCAUUCCCAGGGAAAGCAAGAACUGCUCAAAUGUAAACAUACUUAGAAUUAAAUGUAAGUUGCUCUGGAUAAAAGUGACAGCCGACUACAUGAAUGUAAAAUGUGAAUGUUACCAGAUCAGAAAAACAUUUUUCAUUGACAUGAGCAAAACAGGCAUAUUAUAUCAUUUUUAUUAAGUCAUGUACUGCUAUAAAAGAAAAAAAUGCACUUCCUUCACAUCAAUGGGAGAAAGAGGUGGCAAUUCUUAGUGGAAUACAGAAGUUUGCUUUCUUGGCACUUGUUUGAUGCUCACUGAUUGGAGCAUUAGUCCACCAGAGGCAAAAAUAUUGAUUUUGUCUUUGCACUAUUGUUUAAAUGCUUCCUGUUGUUUCAUCUUACAAAAACUCAAUCUUCCUUAGAUAAUAAAUCAGUGCUAAAGAGAGAGAACCUUCACCAGAAUUAUGCUCCAUAGAAAAGUUUCACUUCUGUACAUUAAAACUUAAAAGAGAAAUGAAAUGAAGUAUUAACACCCUAUUAGGUGGUAUUCAGUCAUCUUAAAAUGGGCAAACAUAGGACAAAGGUGAGAGACAGAAGAAAUUAAAUAAGACACUGCAAAAAAAAA